AUGGAUUGCGGCGUCUUUAAUGAAGCACUGGUUGAGGAGGUUUCAAGAAAUCGGUUCGAUAUUGCCAACAAGACAAACGGAUCAAAGAAUAGAGGAAAUGAAGCAUCGACAUCACAAUAUUCACCUGAAGAAUUGGAGUUUGGGCACAUAAUAGUCACUGGCGGUUUCCUUGAAAUAUUUCUUCGAGUAAAAUAUCAACUGGUGUCGCUAAUUGUGCAACCUUACAAAAACCACAGAGAAUUAGAUGCUGUACUUCAGUGCAUUGAGAAUUCCGCAGUUUUCUUACUUUUUCACAUGCACCCCCAGCACAUCUAUCUGGAUACACCUCAGCAGCUUGUUGAAUACUUCCGGAAUCGGUUCAUCACGUUUUUUGAAAAACUGAACUAUGGCAGAUACUCGUAUGUUAUCAUUAAACCGUUUCAACCAUCGGACUUCAGAGUGAAGAAGUAG